ACCCACAGCUUCGCUUCCUCUUCCCCCCAAGUCCUCACGAAAAAGCAGGUCCACCGCCCGCUCCUUUGUAUAUUUUCUGUGUGAGGAUCCGCAGUACGGGAAAUCACACGCGAGAUGAGUUUCCGGUCUAAUGCAAUCUGGGAAGCCAUUGAGUCGCAAAACUACAAGCUUGCGCACCAGCACAUCGCAAAGGCUUUGCGACGGAACCCAAAGGAUGAGUAUACCCAGGCGUUGAAGGCGUAUGUGUAUUCGCUGCAGAGGAAACCCGAGGAUGCGCUUACCAUCGCGCGACAGUUGGCCGAUACCGUGCCGAGUAGUAAUGAUACCUUGGAUUUGCUCUACGGCAUCAUGCUCGAUUCCUCAGGAGCAACCGAAGCCGGCAUGCUCUACGAACGCGCGGCAAAGAAAUAUCCUAAAUCCGAAAAAAUCCUAACCUCCUGGUUCUGGGCCACCAGCACGGGACUCGACGUGCGCGGCCAGCAGAAAGCCGCGAUGGCGCUGCAGAAAUCGUUCGGUUCGAACCGGGACUACACGCUCUGGUGCGCGACCUCGUGCUUUCUCGCCGCGCUCGAAGCCGACGCGACCGAGAUGGAGAAAAUGCUGUUUUCGGGGCUCGCGCGGAGGAUGAUUGCGCUCGUGGGCGAGAGCCAGACGGCUGAGGAAGCGGUGAUCAAGGCGCGCAUUCUGCAGGUCGUGGGCGCGCCGGCGCGAGACGAGUUGCUCAAGUUCCUUACCGACGACGCGACCGAGAAAUGGAAUAACCUCGAGCUGGCGGUCAUGCGUCUCGAGGUCGCUGUCGAGAGCGAGAACUGGGACGUCGUGUUCAAGGUCGCGAAGAAGACGCUUGUGGACGAGUGCCGCGACGACUACGAGAGUUGGAAGCAGAUGGCGGUCGCGGUUAAGAAACUUGGCGACGCAGCGCUUGUGAACGAGUACGAGGGUCUGCUGGCGGAAAAACAGGGUACGCGCAAUGGCGCGCUCGCGGCGGUGUUUUAUGCUUCUCUGGCGGGAGACGUGACGGAGCAAGCGCAGACAUACUUUACAAAAUUUGGAAGAAAGCAGUGCGCGUUUGAGGACCUGAAGCCCUUCAUCGACCUUGUUGAUUCCGAGAAAUGGCUCGCAUUCCUGGACUCUCAAGUAGCGCCGUUCUCAGACGCGCUCGGACACGCGACGUACGAUCAGCUAAACGUCAUCGUCAACGCUCGGAAGUUUGUGUAUAUCCUGCGGCCCGCGACGGACUCGUACGUGCUCGAAAACAUCAAGCUGUACAACGCGCUGCUGCCCACGCUCAAGACGAAAGAAGACACCGAGUACUUUGCCGGCGACGACCUUCUCCUCCUCGCCGUGCAGUGGAUCCUCGACGCGCGACCGACGCCGUUCGAGAUUACUAAGCAGGACGUCGUCAUGUCGCUUGUCGUGCUGCUCGAGUCCGCCGCCGGGCGCGACAAGCAUCAGUUCUACGUCCGGCUGUGGCUCGUGCGGUUGUAUCUCUACAUCGGCUGCUUCCAGCAAGCCUCCGGCCACUACUCCUCUCUGUCCAUCAAAAACAUCCAGCUCGACAUGCUCUCGCAUCACCUGCUCACCCGUCUGAGCACCCUCUCGCCCGUUUUCAAAACCAUGAUCGCCACGCGGGAGAUCUACGACAUGAACGCGGUGCAGACGCCGAAAUACGUCAAGGCCUCCUACGAAGCCGGCUCGUACUCGCAAGUGCAAGGCAUCAAAGACUUUGCCAAGCGCCUCACCAACAGCGUCGGCAAGGGCGUCCUCUGCGUCGAAGCCAAACGCAUCGGCCGCCUCUCCGGCGCGAAAAUGGACGGGCUUGGGAUUAACCCGCAGAUGAUUGACAUGAAAUGGUGCGAUAACCGCGACUUUGAGGUGCUGGGCGGAGUGCGCAAGGUGGGUGAGUCCGCCGUGGAGGAAAAAUACCGGAUCGGGCCUCGGCAGGGCGCGAACUGGAUCGAGGCGUUCAUGCUCAAGGAGACGAUCGUCGAGCUUUGGGCAAACGCAAAAUCACGCGAGGGUUACGCUAGCCGGCUUGAGGCUCUUUUGAAGUCAGAAGGACUCGCGAGCGAGGUCACAAAGGCGGAGAAAUGGAGCUUGGAGGUCGUUCUCCAGCUCGCGCAGGUGGCGACCAGCAUGACGCAGGCCACCGUCACUAAACUCCAGACUCUUCUCGACGCCGGGAUUUCUGAAUUCGGAGGGACGUCAGAGUCGCAGGUCGACUGGUCAUGGAUCCAUGACCGGUUUAUCAUCUUCGAGACGAUCAAGAUCGUGAUCCCCAGUCUUGAUUUCCUAAGCAGCACGACCUCCGGUGCGCGAGGCGGGAAACUCGGAACCCUGAUCUCGGCAAUCAAAAAGACGUGCGUGGCAAAGGCGGAGACAAUCAAAGAAUCCGCAAAGGAGAUCAAGAACGGGCGCGAUAAGUGGGUUCGAGAAACCGCAGAGCGAUUAAGUUCGUAUGCUACAAUCACUGCUCUCGACACAUCGAAUAUUGAUAUCGAAGCGAUCGUGGAGGGAAUCGGCAAGAGCCAAGACGAAGCGCUGACCAUGCUUCGUAUGCUUAAAGUGUAAAUACCAAACUAGUCAUCUAGAAUCAGGAAAAAUAUAUCAUAGAAUUAUAUAUCACUACUCAUACAAAAAGAAGAAGAAAGAAAAAACAUCAUGUACAAAGAAAAGCCUCCGCUAAGAAGAGAUUUACGUGGGCGGGAAGUUCGUCGGAAGAAUUAUAUUUGUUAUG